AGUCAGCUGAUCGCGGUCAGGUGAUCUCAAUGUAACAGACAUGGCCGUGUCAGUUACAUUGUUACUUUGUUGGUUAGUUACAGUCUACCCAGAACUGGCGAGAGGCUCUAGCUCCUAUUCCCAUAGAAAGGUUUCUUUUGAAUAUAACCCUGGGAGAAGUACCCAGAUGGCUGACCCCUCUCUGAAUGUCCUGCACGUGCGGGCGGUUGGUCCUGAUGACACCAUCCACUACCUGUGGAGCACCCUGGGGGCGCCCACAGUCCUCCUGGUGUACACUAGCAGUUCCAACAGCUCCCUGCACAUCAACUGGACCCGCCUGGAGCAGCGGGAUCCCUCGCAUGCUGUGCGGAUCGAGCCGGCCGAGGCAGUCGUCUACUCCACCGCUGUUGUUUUCUCCCGGGUGUUAGAGUACGAUGACGUCAACAACGUGGCCAACAUCUCCCAGGUGCCGGUGGACAGCCUCUACCCAGCGUACCAGCUUGAGGAGCUCACCUGGGACAACGUCAAUGCCACCCUGAACCGCAGCCGGCUGACGGCACAGCUCCGCGGCCGCAACGCCACCAGCCAGCUAUUCGGCAACGGGAGCUUCACCUUCCGGAUCUCUGCCUUUGAAGGCACAAGUCGGGAUUUGGAGUUGCCUUGCCUCCUGCACACGGCCAACAGCUCGAAGUUGGAGUUCCUCGUCGAUGGUGUCGCGCCGCGUGGGAACCGCUCCCGCUUCACCCUGGAGCUGUUUGUCCUGGAGGAUGCGGGGAUGAGGCGAGAGUUGAGGGCGGUUCGGAGUAUCGAUGAUGAAUACACCCCGAGCAUCUUCCAGAUGGAUCAGCUGGUAGCGGUAAGAGAGAACCGGAGUACUAUCACCAGCUUCCUCCAGUGGAAACCGGUUGCUUACGUCUCCCAGGAGCCCUCGCUGGCGAGCUCGGUGCCCGCUCGCCAGAACAGCCUGAAACCAGACCGCAACCACAGCCUGCCGGCCUUCAGCAUUGCCUACGCUUUCUUCGGUGCCCAAGUGCCCACCGCGGCUGCAGUGAACAUUUCCUUCGGUGGCCCUGGCGGGGAGUUCUACAAUGUCAGGAGGCACAUCAGCUGGUCAGCUCUGAUUGGACACGGAGAGCCCCCCCAGGAGCGAUUCUCUGUUCUGGUGAUGGCGAUUAUGUCUGUGGGGUUGGGACUGCCCAUCUUGCUGCUGGUGUGGGGUGCAAUGACAGUCUGGAUUGUACGUCGGAAACGAACCCCAUCCCUUUACCAGCCUGUGAACUAGACUCUUGAGAACCUGAUGGACCACGCCUACUUCUGCACUGACCAGUCUCCUGCCUCCUCCAGUGCAUCCCUGGUCCAGGAGGCAUAUUGUUCCACCUUUUAAGCUGUGGGAUUCAGACCUGCAGAUGUUUUUUUUUAAACCUCAUGUUUACAAUGUUUGAACUGUUACUGCUUUACUCUAGCCACUUUGCAGUGAGGGACAGUGUAGAGGAGGCUUUACUCUGUAUCUAACCCUGUGCUGUCCCUAUCCUGGGAGGGCUUGAUUGUGGGGGUGUGGGGGGUUGGUGGGAUUGUCAGUGUAGAGGGAGUUUUACUCUGUACCUAACCAGAGGAUGCCCCUGUCCUGAGGGUGUUUGGGGGUGGGGAACAGCAUAGAGGGAGCUUUACUCUGUUUCUAACCCCGUGCUGUCCCUGUCCUAGGGGUGGGACUGGAGAGCAGCAGCGACAGCAAUGUUUGCUGAGAUUAAUUUGCACAGUAAACCACAGAGAUGAGAUUUUAUUCCUUGUGUGGGAUUUGAGUUACAGACUGAAAUCUUCAAAGCAGACCCAUGAUGCGUUUUAAAACAAAAUCUGAGCGACUAAGCGAACAAAAAGGGGGUCAGACAGCACCUCAUGGAAUGUCGGCAGCCAUUAUGGAAUGUUUUGCAGUUUCUGUUCAAAAGGCACAGUUUUUUGUUUUUAAUAACUAAAACAGUUUGGAGCCCUGUAGCUUA